AUGUUGCAUCCCAAGCUUCCCGAUUUCUCUCUCGACCUCGCUGGGGUGGUCGCCAUUGCCGACAUUUCAACUGUCUCUCAACGCACGGUUAUAACCGGUACGGCCGCUUUGCUCGACUGUCUCAUUCUCUGCCCGGGCUUGCACCUCCAGCAACAUGCCUCCAACCUCAACAAGGGCGAAUACCCGGCCGCCGCCGCGAUGACCAGCGGCUAUGUGUUCCUCGUCAAUAUUAGCAACCACAUGAGCUCGGCGGGACGGGCCGCGAAUGUCCUGUUUAUCACGGCCAAUGCCAGCAUAAGCUCUGUCCUAACCUACGCGAUAGCUGCCUCACUGACCAUCGCCGUUCUAGUCUGCCUGAUCCUAAUGAAGUAUUGGUGGGGCCUGUUCGUGAUCCUGAUCAUGAUUCUCGCGCGCCCCCUCAACGUGGUCCUAAUCCGUCGUCGCAGCCGGUUGGGCUGGAUUGGCGCAUCCGAGACGGGCCGGUGCGAUCUGCUCGUUCUACUGAGCCAAGACCGAUGGGUGCGUCUUCAGGGCGCCAUCGACGAUGUAAAAGCCGUCACGGCGGGCCAGUGGCUCCGCGAGAUGGAGCCCUAUGAAAGCUGGGUUGCCGCUAUUGCCACUGUGCUCACAUACCUCGAUGCCGCUCUUGCCAGUAACGCGAGUCAAUUUGGAAAGCUUCUGUUAAUCUUGCUGCUGAUCGUCUCAGCUGGUCUGCUUGCUGUGGCUAAUCAGUUCACAACUAAAUUGCAGAUGCAUGGGAACGUCCUGGAGGUGAAGGGGAAGCCUCAUAAGUAUCGCAGGCGCUUGGAUACGGCUGAAGAGCUUAUCGCGGAGCAUGGAGGAAAGAGGGGCUGGGCGCUGCGAUUAGGGUUGAUAAACUCGGAGGACUACUUUGAUUCAGACGUGGAAUCUCGAGGAUGUUCGGCUUCGUCGGCCACCGCGUCAGGAAGCCAGGGGGUCGUGCGUCGGAAGGCGGGUACGGUCGAGGGGAUACAUGCCGUCACGAUGUGA